AUGUUUCCUUGCAACCUAUGCAACCCUCACCACCCAUGGAUGCAUGUGCUGGCAGGCGACUGCUGGGCGUACGCAGUGGUGGGCAGCGUGGAGGCGGCGCUGAGCAUUCUCGCCAACACCUCAGUGGCGCCGGUGCUGUCAGUGGAGCAGCUGAAGGCCGCCAUGAAGGUCGGCUGCUCUGGCAGCACGCCCUCUCAGGCCUUCCAGCUGCUGCUCAAGCUGGCGCAAAAAGGAGGCGGGCUCGUGUUGGAUAGUCAGUGGCCGGCCGAGAAAGGCAAGAAGGCCGUCAAGUCAGGCAGCAGCAAUCCUCUCUGUUCCCCGUUGUUGAAGCCACUAGCGAAGCUGCUCGGUGUGGAAUGCAUGUGCUUCGAUCCUCGUCCAUACCCUGUACUAAGCAUAUCCCAGCAGCUCCCUGGUGGGUUCCCCAUCAGUCGCUUUGAGUCGACGUCCUUCUAUGGCUGGUUUGGGAUGCUGCUGGCUGUGCAGCGGCAGCCAGUGGUGGUGCACAUUGAGGCAUCGGCCGACUCGUUCAAGAACUAUGAUGGGGUGAGGCGAGGAGUGUGCGUGACUGAGACAGGAGGGCCUGUGAAUGAACAGGAGGGUGGUGUGGUUAGGUUGUGA